AAUUUCUUACAAUAACUACUCGAUUCGAUUACUUGAUCCUGCUACGGAGAAAAACAGUUGUGAUUCAUUUCCAAUUAACAGUGUGCCAUUGGAUAACGAAUACCUAGAUAAAACAUACGGAUCGGAACCGUAUUCUCUUCAGAGCAUGGAUAAUACUCCUAUAAUGUAUAUCCACUGUGAAGCUCCUGCAAAGUCUCCUUUUUAUGUUGAUACAUGCAUUUGCAAUAAAAAUAUGUCUCUGCAGAAAUAUUCCUAUUUUGUAGUCGGAAACAACGUCAGUAUUGCAGAUUUAGAGGAUUCCUGCAGUAUUGACACGAUAGAGUGGAUUUCAAAUGAAUUUCCCGUAGUUUACAAUGCCUCCUGUUCAGACAUUAAAGAUGGGCUGGCUUACGGAUUUGACCUUACGUGGUACCGAGUCUAUUGCAGCGAAAAAUGCUCAGGGCAUUUGGAAAUUUGUUAUAUCACAGAUGGUACCAUCGGAUGCUUUGGCUGCCAAAUUUCUGGCCUCAAUAUCUUCAAUAAUUCAUUGCCCGAUUGUCCAUUGCCUUUCUGGUUUCUGAUCUGGUUCGUGUAUUAUAGGAUGCAUAGGAUGCUGGAAAUCCUAGGAUGGAUUCUUGCAGCAAGAUUUUCUUGUGGGAUUCUCUUCUUGUUCACAUUGUUGGCAUAUAAAAUCCGAAGGCGGCACCUCUCAGUGUAUGACGACAUUGAAGAAUUCCUACAAAUCCAGAACAAUUUCAUGCCAAUAAGAUAUUCGUACAGAGAUUUGAAGAAUAUGACUAAGAAUUUUAAGGACAAGUUGGGAGAAGGAGGCUACGGCACUGUAUUUAAAGGUCAGCUUAGAAGUGGCCCUUUUGUCGCAAUAAAAUUGAUGGGAAAAACCAAAACUAGUGGACAGGAAUUUAUCAGUGAAGUGGCUACCAUUGGAAGAAUUCACCAUAUUAACGUGGUUCGACUCAUUGGCUUUUGUGUUGAAGGUUCAAAACGUGCUUUGAUAUACGAGUUUAUGCCAAAUGGUUCGCUUGAAAAGUACAUUUUCCCUCAAGAAGUUACUGUUUUCUUGAGCUAUGGUAAAAUCUUCGAGAUUGCUCUUGGGGUGGCCAAAGGGGUUGAUUAUUUGCAUCGAGGUUGUGACAUGCAAAUUCUACAUUUUGAUAUAAAGCCUCACAACAUUCUCCUCGACCAUAAUUUCAAUCCUAAAAUUUCCGACUUUGGUCUAGCAAAAUUGUAUCCAGUGGAAGAAAAUAUGGUAUCUCUAACUGCAGCAAGAGGUACAAUGGGAUACAUGGCUCCAGAAAUGUUCUACAGAAACAUUGGAAGAGUUUCAUACAAAUCAGAUGUUUAUAGUUUUGGGAUGCUGUUGAUGGAAAUGGCAAGUAAAAGGAGAAAUUUGAAUCCGUCUGCAGAAAAUAUAAGCCAAAGUUAUUUCCCUUGUUGGGUUCAUGAAACAUUCAUCAAAGGAAUGGAAAUUGAUUUGGGGGAUGCUUCUUUGGAUGAAAGAAUAAUGGUGAAGAAAAUGACACUUGUAGCCUUGUGGUGCAUACAGAUGAAACCUAACGAUCGUCCUUCCAUGAAUAAAGUUAUAGAGAUGCUUGAAGGAGAUGUCGAGUUGUUGCAAUUGCCUCCGAAGCCAUUCCUCUCUCCAGAAGAAAUGCCGGACAGUGAUGUAGACAUAAAUGAUAUGGAGUUUCCAAUGUUGUUUGGUAGUUUUGAUUAACAAACCAAGUUUGCGUGCGCAUUGAAAUUAUGUAUGAUUGUUAAUUAUUAUGACUUGUAUCAAAAUUUAAUUGCAUCGAAUAAUUAUGGAUUACUAAGUUUUUAUUGAUUAAA